UCAUCUGAUCACAGACAGACAGACAGACAGAGACACACGCAUGGAUUGAGACACACGCAGUACUUACCUCAGUGUCUCUCGAUCGAACAAGUCCUUGAGGAACUGCGCCAGCUCAUCCUGCUUCCUCUCAUUCUCCAACAGACGCAACGUCGCUGCACGAGAGACAAAGACGAGAGGGAUGGCAGGAUUCUCCACACACAUACACACAUACGUCCCCUUACUCACCGAGCUUGUGCAGCAUGUCGUAGGCGAACGGCACGAACUCUGAACCCCACGGCGAAAGAGAAGCGCCUUCACUUAUGCACUUUUUGUGUCGGUACCGUUGUAGUUGAUGGUGCCGUCGUUGUCUUGGUCGACCACGUGGAACAACAGUGCGUUCAACUCACGACUGCACACAGACACAGGCACAAACAAGGCUAUCGAUGCAGGCGGGCAAGAGAGACAUGGAGAUGACCGGUUCAGCCCGAGCUCCAUGCUGCACAUGGUGUCGAUGAACUCACUCCUGCACACAAGGGGAGAGAUGUACACAUAUUAAGAGACACAGCAGCCAACACGUAUCAAGCGACGCUGACCUGGAAACGAAUCCUUUGCCGUCCUUGUCAAACUCCUUGAACAUCGUCAUGAUGGUCUCCGUCAACUCUUCCCUGUACGAGACACGCACACGGGCGAGCACAGAGACGCACACGUGCAUCGUGGCACUGUCUGUCUGUCUGUCUGUCUACUUCGCCGUCAUGCCCUGCACCAGAAACUCCUCGGCCUCCUUCUCAGCCACCUGCAU